CUUUGCCCACCCCCAGUCAGGGUGCAGGAGCCUCGCAGAAAGGUGCAGAGGUGAAACACACAUUUUGUCACAUAGUUUGGGGCCUGGGCUCUGCACUGUGGCCGUGCGACAGGAGUGGCCUCCAUCCUGAAGACCAGACUGAAACAGAAAACAUAGGGAGCUAUAUCUAUCUCAUGGAGCUGGAAGGGACCCUGAAAGGGCAUCACAUUUUCAUGCUUUCAGCACCAAAUAUCAAAAGAGUAGUGGUAAUAGUGUGAGGUGGCAACACAACAGAAAGCCACGUACCCUGUGCUGUCCUUUAUAGCGUGCCUUCUCACUUGGCUGCCUCCAGACACUGAAAACUGUCUUUUACAUGUUCUCAGUUACAUCUGCUUUGAGUCAAUAUGGGACCCAAGAAGCAAGCUGUUGGGAAGAAGCUCUCCCAGAAGGAAAAAUCAGGCAGCGAUGGAAAUAUCCAGAAAUAUUUAACGCCCAAUGCGAAGAAUAAGGAAAACUCUCCCUUGAAAAACCCACCUCCCAAAAGGAAGAGAUCUGUGAACAGUACACCUCCUCUGGGUGACACCAGUAAGAGACAGACAAGAGAGAGCCUCUUAAUCAGUAAGAAAUCCACUGAAGAGGAGCAAGAAUUCACUGUCAACUUGGGCGAUGGUGGCAAGGAUCAUGUGGUGAUAGGCAAAACCCAUGACAGCAUCUACAAAGCCCUGAUGGCGCAAGCAGACAUCCAUGCUCGGUUGGACAAAGAGAAAGGCAAAGAGAUACACCUACUGGGGAAAAAAGGGAUUGAGGGGUAUGUUAACUUAGGGAUGCCUCUCCAGUACGUUCCUGAGAAUUCCCACUUUGAAAUGAAAUUUUACAAAAUGAAUAGGAAUCCAAAAGAAGGCGUGGUGGGAUACCGUCAGUUUGAGAGCAAGGGAAAGAAAUGCGUAAUAUUUUACGUCUCCUCUUUUGGCAAUAGAUUGGAGAACAAUGCUCGAUACAGAAUUCUUUGGUGCCGGCAGCUUGUUAAAGACCUGAGCAAGUUGUGUGUCUUUGCUCCAGAAGGGGAGACCAUCAAGGAUGCCUUAUGCAAAGAUGGCCGGUUUCAUUCUUGCCUGGAGGAAAAAGAGUGGAAGUUGGUGGAGAACGGAAAGUGCAGAACUAGCAAUCACUGUGUUGAUAAUCUAGCUAACAAGUCAUUUGAGGUGGUGGUUAAAACCAAGCAACCUUUCAAGGCCAGAGAUUGUUCAAGGAAUGACCAAUCCUGCAUGGCCUCCGAGGAGGGGCAGGGGAAGACUUACCAUUACUUUAAACCUAUUAUCCUGGACCUGUAUCCUGACUUGAAGAAACAAAGUACAGUCAUUGACGAGCUCUUUGCAAAAGCCUUUGCAAAAGCCUUGGAGGAAGGGAAAUCGAAGCGUGCUGUGUUCAAACUGUACAGGAAGAACUUUGGGAAGGAGACUAAGAACUCCAUUCUUAUUAAGGUGCACAAACGCCUUGGUGUUCUCAGUGACUCUGUAGGGUUUAUAGAGUGGGCCAACAAUGGAAAUAAUGGCUCUGCCACUUGUUUUGUCUUGCAUGAUAAGUACGUACUCACCUGUCAUCAUGUGGUAGGGCAUAUUGUUGGUGAAGGAGUGGAGGAGAAGGACUGGGCGUCGAUAAUCAGUCACUCUGCCCGUGUGACUUUCUCUUAUGAAGAUAAAUACCCAAAGGAAAACAGCUGGUUUUCGCUAGCUCCUUGGUUUGAAAUAUCUGACAAGGAUCUUGAUUUUGCUGUCCUGAAACUGGAAGGAGAUAGAAGCUCAUUACCAGCAGGCCUAGUACGAUUUUCUCACCCAUUGCCAUUUAAUGGUCUAAUCUAUAUAAUUGGCCACCCGGAUGGGCAAGCGAAAUCUGCAGAUGGCUGUACUGUGGUCCCUGUAUUUGAGCGGAAACGGGAGUGCCAUUGUCGUGUCCAGCGUGGUCAGAAGGUGUGCAACAGUGUCAGAUGCGGCUCAGAGGACAGGCAGUGCAUUCACAUGUUCACCCAAAGAAGUUUCCAGGAGGUGAUCAACAAUCCCAAUGUAGUCACCUAUGACACCAGCUUCUUCUUCGGGUCUUCUGGCUCACCGGUGUUCAAUGCAGAUGGCCAGCUGGUGGCCAUGCACACCGCUGGUUAUAAAUAUGAAAAGAAUAAGCAGCUGCACAGCAUUGUUGAGUUUGGCUUUUCCAUGGUGGCCAUCCUUGCAGCAAUUAAAAAGAAGUAUAAAGCCUGGUAUGAGUUUGAGCUCCUCUCCCUUGGGGAAGAUGCUAGGUCUUGUCCUGGUGAGCAUGAGAAUUUCACCAGUGCUUACACCAAUGACAUAGAAAUGGAAAACUUGGAGGGACAUCUAUGUGCGCCCGCCUACUGGCUGCCGGACAAACAGCCACUGAAAAGCAGCCAUGUCAAGAAGUGCUGCCGCCUCUUGAUGACGCUGCCGCCUCUUGAUGACGCUGCCGCAUUAUAUGACAUUGCCGCAUUUCGAAGGCUGCUUGUCCAGCGACCAUGCUCCUCGGCAGCUAGUCAUCUGGCGCCCACCCCACGGAAAAGCCCAACUACCUCCCUGCCCCCCCGGCCACCCGGCGUCCGCUGCAAAGCCGGCAGCCAAUCAGCUUUCGAGGACGGCGAGGCCCAGGCCCAAUGA